AAGACGUUGGACACAUGUAAAAGGUGUUUGAGAAAGCAUGGAGAUGCUGAUUGCAUCAAUACUUACCUUUGUAGAAAUAAAGAUUGUAAGAAAAGAAGCUUUUCAGAUCACCAUUUCCUCCUUUGCCCAAAGGGUGAGCUUACAAAGGUUGAGACUGUUAAACCAAGAAGGGAAAAUAGACUGACAGAAGAGCAGGAAAAAUUCAUAGCUGGACUUUCACCAGAACUAGCAGAAGAAUGCAGAAAAGCCUUUUCAAAUGUGACUGCUUCAACAAAAAACACAAAGUGUGAAGCCUCUGGGCUUAUGGAGUCAUAUGGACUAAAAGAGCAACCUGUCAUUCUAAUGCUAUUGGAAGUCACUACGAACGCAGGCCAGAAAAUAGGCACUUUGAUUGACUUGGCUUCUGAUACUAAUUACAUUACUCAUCAAGCAGCUAAAAGGUUGAGCCUAGAAGGUGAAAACAUAACAUUAGUUGUUCAUGGUGUUGGGGGAAUGUCAGUCAAAGUUAGAACAAAGAGAUACCUGUUAAGAGUGAGAGUUAAGACCCCCAAAGGGACAGUGAAAGCUCACCAACUCAUUUGUUAUGGACUUAGUGAAAUUGCUAAAGUGCAUAAAGUCAUUCAACCGCUGCAGCUGCAAAAGUUUUUCCCAGAUGUUGGCCUGGAAGACCUUAAAAGACCAGAUACCAUUGAGCUGCUAAUAAGCCACAGAGAAGGCAGACUGGCCCCUCAAAGAGUCAAGGUUGUUGGAGACCUGGUCCUGUGGAACAGUCCACUCGGUAUGACCGUGGGAGGAGCUCAUCCGGAUCUUUGUGAAGACGUCGACGUGGCAGCACACAGGUGCAUGAAAUGGUGGAGAGAAAAGCAGCAAUAAAACUAACAGAAGACACUCUAAACAACUGGAAAGGACCAGUAUGGUUCAGAAGGGGACUGCAUGCUGCCCUGGGAGACAUUAAAAAAAUGUAUAACUCUGUUUGGCUAGAGGACCUGGAGAGACAUCUACACAGGUUCCUCUGGAGAGACGGCUCAGAAGAGGGGAUCGGUGAGUUUGCCAUUACCAGAGUUAACAUUGGGGAUCGACCUGCUGGAUGUAUUGCCCAAGUAGCAAUGCGAGAGACGGCAAAACUGCCCAUGUUUGACAGCUGUAAAGAGGAGCGUAGGAUCCUGGAAGAAGACUGUUAUGUCGAUGAUAUUUUAACAUCUGACAAUGACCCAGAACUUUUGCAUAAACACAUUAAGAAGGUGGAAGAGAUCUUACAAGCUGGGGGAUUCUGUUUGAAACCAUGGGUCCUAUCAGGUCAAAGUGGGAGGCAAAACAUGUCCUUACCUAGCAGAGACAAAAUCCUUACACUCCCUAAUCAGUUGAAAGAGGAUGAUAAUAAGGCUUUGGGAGUGGGAUAUCUGGUGGAGGAGGAUAAAUUAUAUGUGAUGACAUCAAUCAACUUCUCAAAAAGGAGGAAAAAAAUGAAGAUGGGACAAAACCUAGAAGAAGGAGAAGUGAGAGUAAAUACUCCAAAUCCUCUCACUAGGAGAGAACUCCUUAGCCAAGUAGCUAGUCUUUUUGAUCCCAUUGGGCUAGUCACACCCACCAAACAAAAAGGAGCCAUUCUAGUGAGAAAGGCUUUUCAAGAAACCAGAACUGCAGGCAAAGCAGGUGAUACUUGGGAUCAACCACUUUCUGAUGGGCUAAGAAAUGAAGCCAUUGAAUUGUUCCAGGAGUAUGUUCGCCUGGGCCAAAUUAAAUUUCACAGGAGUUUAACACCAAUCAGUUGGAUUAGAAAGCCCAUUGGAAUAACUUUCUCUGAUGGGAGUGACAAAAGUUAUGGGGCAGUUCUAUACUUCAGAUGGGAGACAGAGCAAGGGAUCCAAGUGAGACUUGUAGAAUCCAAAGCAAAACUUACUCCACUCGACCAGAAAGGAGAACCUGUAAAAGCAGAAAUUUGUGGUGCUGUGUUUGCAGCUCGUCUGAGGAAGUAUGUUGAAAAGCACAGUAGGAUGGAAAUUGGAGGCUGGUACCAUCUUCUAGACAGCCAAACUGUGCUAGGAGCCAUUCAGCGUGACAGCUAUGGGUACCAAACUUUCUUUGCUAACAGAAUUGGUGAAAUACAGAAAACUGGGCCUGUCGCAGAUUGGUGGUGGAUUCCAGGUGAGCUAAAUGUUGCAGACAUUACAUCAAGAGGAGCAUGUCCUGAGCACCUCCAAGAGGACUCACAGUGGCAAAAUGGACCAAAAUUUUUGUUGCAACCUAUUGACCAGUGGCCGAAAAGAUCUGCCAAAGACAUUGCUAUAAGUGCAAAGGAAGGGGUUGAAAAACUCCAAAGAAAAGCUUUCUCAGCAGUAAUAACUAGAGCACAGUCUAAGCAAACUAAAGAAAAAUUGUGUGAUGAGGAGGUGACAAAGAAUGCUCUAAAAGCUACAAAGUGUAAAGAAAGGGACAGGGAGCUCAAAAUCUCACCUCUUACAUUCAUUGCCAAGCAGUUAAUUCAAGAGAGAAGAUACAGCAGUCUUUCUAAACUAGUCAGAGUUAUUGCAUGGGUGAGAAGAGCUGUUGAAAACUGGAAACUCACUUUAGAAAGUCACCAUAGUGGCAGAAAAGUGAAAGUAAAAAUUUCAACAGACAUCAAACAAUCAACCAUCCAUCCCGGGCUUAGUGUUAAAGAGUGUGAGAAUGCACUGAGAGAGGUUUUUCUGGCUGCACAAGAGAAUACCUCAUUCCAUGACACAACUUUAAACAGACUAGUUGUGUUUAAAGAACAAGAUUCUGGACUUCAGGUAUGUGGGGGUUGUAUUCAAUCCUUUAAUGAAGACAAAAGAGCUGUUCCCAUUUUACCUUAUGACUCAUGGGUAUCCAUAUUGGUUGCUCUUGAAGCUCAUGAAGUAAAUCAUGAAGGCAUUGCUGGAACAUUACUGCAGAUGAGGAAAAAAGCAUGGGUGGUGAGAGGCAGAAGAUUGGCUAAAAAAGUUGUGGAUAACUGUGUGACGUGCCGGAAAAUCAGGGCAAAAAGAUGUGAACAGAUAAUGGGUGAUCUUCCACCAGAACGAACACUGCCUGCCAGACCAUUUGAGUUUACUACUAUUGAUCUAUUUGGACCUUAUGAAGUGAGGGAUGAGGCCCGGAAAAGAGUUAAACUGAAAGUGUGGGGCAUCAUCUUCUGUUGCAUGUCAUCUAGAGCUAUUCACACAGAUCUUGUAAGCGAUCAGUCAAGUGAAGGCUUUUUGUUAGCAUACCAAAGAUUUACAGCCUUAAGAGGACAUCCAAGGAAGUUAUGGUCAGAUGGCGGAAAAAACUUUAUUGGAGCUAAACCUGUCCUGGUUGAUCUUUAUCUGUUUUUGGACCGACUAAACAAAGAGCAAAUUCAACAUGAAGCUUUGGAACAUGGAACUGAAUGGAGCUGGAAAAUACACCCUGCAGACUCCCCCCAUAGGAAUGGGGCAGCAGAAGCAGCUGUAAAGAUAGUCAAGCAAGCAUUGCACAAUCUAGGAUCAGAUGGAGUUUUUACAUGGAGUGAAUUUCAAACAUUCCUGUAUAUGGCAGCUAAUCUGGCUAAUGAAAGACCAAUAGAUGCAAGAACUCAAAGUCGAGAAGAUUGCAUAAGCUACAUCACACCAAACUCUCUGCUGCUUGGAAGAACUGAUCUAAAAAGUGAUAACUGUGGAUUUGACUUUAAAAGUUAUCCACUCAAGAGAUUAAAGUUCAUUCAAACAGAAGUGGACAGAUUCUGGAGAAAAUGGAGUCAACUAGCUGGACCAAAUUUGUUUGUCAGAAGUAAAUGGCAUUCAAAGAAGCGAAAUGUUGCUGUCGGAGACAUUAUUUGGCUUGCAGACCAAAAUGCUUUAAGAAGUCAGUACAAACUUGGCAGAGUGAUCAGUGUAAACAGUGACGGGAAGGGGAUUGUAAGAGAUGUAUAUGUACGAACUUAUCCAAGUUACCCUGUACCACUUGUGAGAGCUGGAGGACAAACGAGGAAGAUGAGGAAGAAACUUCAAAUGAAGAUACCCUCAACAAUACUUCACAGAGAUGUAAGACGCAUUGUUGUGUUAUUGCCGAUAGAAGAACAAGAAAAUCCUGUUAGGAUAAGAUCUGGUGAAAAGAGAGAGGUGUGA